UCGGCCUACGUGGUCGACGUGUUUCCCACGAUGCACCGCCUCUGUCUUCUCUCGCGGCUGUCGUUCUUUACCCCUUGGUGCAAUCUUGCACAGAACCCUUCUUUGGGGCGGCGGCCCCUAUUUCUUCCAGUCAGGGAAGCUUGCCGGCCAACGAUGGCCGGCCUAGUAUUUCAGUGUGUGGGCCUUGCCGGAUGUGGCUUAUUCUUUCUUUUCUUUUAUUUUCAUGAAAUCAGCGGGGGAGGAUGGGCGGGUUGUGUUUCCACAGAACACCACUCAAAGAAACAGUUAGCGGUAUCCUAUACUGUUCUAAAUUGCUCGACAACAAAAUGAUAGAAUCAUAGAAACAUGGCACCAAACAUCAUAUAAUCAUAAAGCUAGAAGAGACCAUCCAGUCCAACGCCAUUCUGCCAUGCAAAAACAAUAUACAGUAGAGUCUCACUUAUCCAACACUCGCUUAUCCAAUGUUCUGGAUUAUCCAACUUAUUUUUGUAGUCAAUGUUUUCAAUAUAUUGUGAUAUUUUGUUGCUAAAUUCGUAAUUACUACGUAAUAUUACUGCGUAUUGAACUACCUUUUCUGUCUAAUUUGCUGUUAAACAAGAUUUUUUGGGGCUUAAUUUGUAAAAUAACCUAAUUUGCUGUUCAAAAGGCUUUUCCUUAAUGUCUCCUUAUCAUCCAACAUAUUUGCUUAUCCAACGUUCUGCUGGCCCGUUAAUGUUGGAUAAGCGAGACUAUACUGUAUCCAGAAAUAUCUGAUGCUGUAACCGAUAUAUCAUUUACCGUCCCGGAACACUAGCCAGAUGGCCCAUGAAUGGUCACAAAAGUCAUAGAAAUAUGGUCACAGAAGUCAUGGAAUAAUAGAAACAUGGUCCCUAAAGUCAUAGACUCAAAGAACCAAGUAACAGAAUCAUCCCAAAAGUCCUAGAAUCCUAAAAUGAUAGAAUCAUAGAAUCAUGGCGCCAAACAUCAUAGAAUCAUAAAGCUAGAAGAGACCAUCCAGUCCAAUGCUAUUCUGCCAUGCAAAAGCAAUAUAACACUCUUGCAGGCUUCAUCAUUACUGGAUCCGUCCUUCAGGACUUUGGCAAACGUUGGAUGUGCAAUGUUGCUAUUUCAUCCAAGGCAGAAAUUCAACUCAUUCUUGGAUGGACAAACAGAACCACAACUGCUAACGUUCCCUUAAGGCAGUGUUUCUCAACCUGUGGAUCUCCAGGUGUUUUUACCUACAAGUCCCAGAAAUCCCAGCCAUUUUACCAGCUGUUAGGAUUUCUGGGAGUUGAAGGCCAAAACAUCUGGGGACCCACAAGUCGAGAACCACUGCCUCAAGGGAGAAACUGUGGCAUUACCUCCGAAGUGAAAAAAUUGGAAAAACCCAACUCUUCCUUGAAAACCUGUGAUUGUCUAGACAUGUGGGGGUUAAAUCUAGGGCAAAGGAGGGUAAAAAUAGAUGGGAGGGUCCAAUGUGAAAGGUUUGGAACCCCUCCCCUUAUAUAUAAAACAAAGACUCCGCCUCCAAUAUGUGGCAUUCAGUGUGUGUCCACACCAGGGUAGAAUUGGCACCAUGCUCUCCAGAUCAGCCAUGCACGUGCCACAUUAUGCCCCUUCCAUGUUCAGGGAGUUUGACAGAUGGAAGGACUAUCUGAGCCUUGCGAAAGUGGUUACGGAGAUCAUCGCGGAACGCAAGAAGGUCCCAUUUCCAUCUCAGAGUUGGGACACAAUGGAGUACGACAUGCAGCUAGUCCUCAACGAGGACAACUUUGAAACAGCAUCACAAUGGGUUAAUGGAAGCAGUUCCAGCAGCAAGAGCUCCAAAGGUAGUGCCAAUGGCCAGGCUUCCCAAAACAAGGAGAUUUGCAAUUUCUGCAAACACAACGGGGAAUCCAAGCAGGUCUAUUCAUCCCACCGGCUGAAGGGGAUGGACGGCACCGUGGAGUGCCCCAUCUUGCGCAAAUACACCUGUCCGCUCUGCGGUGCCACGGGCGAAAAGGCCCAUACUUUAAAAUACUGCCCACUGAGCCAAGGGAAGAGGUCGCUGUAUCGCAAGUGCGGACGUAACUCGGCUGGACGCAAGGUGAGGAGAUAAGAAGAUCAGGAGAAGACCGAAGCAUUUAUUCUUAGUUUUAGUUUGACUUUGUAAAAGAACAACAUUUGAUUUUGAGCAUCAUUAACACUCUUUACAUUUCCUCCCACUUUGUUUCAGGUUUGGAGAAUGGAAGCCCAAUUCUCUUAGACUACAUUUGUGAGUCCAGAAAUGUUUUUUUAUGUAUAUUGUUGCCUUCUUUCACAUUUGUUGUACCUAGGUUAAUUAUAUUGUGUUUCUUUUAGAUGUGUCAGUUGCCUAGUGUGAUGACUCAUGGGCCCUGCAGUCCUAUUCCUGACAGUAUUGUGGCAGAUGAGGAGGAAAAUAUGGAGUUUUCCCCAGAUUUCCGGUCGGAGUCAGAGCCUUGGCAGCUGCCUGAAGUUCUAGUCCAAGAACCAAUUAAACCUGACCUUGGUGGGAACUCUCCCCCUUAUGGGAGAAAACAGGCUUACACGACUGAUAGAGGAUCGAGAGAAAAAUUUAGAAGUAGUGCUCGCCUUGCUGCCAAAUAUGCCACUGAUUAGAAGUAUUUCCCCUGAGAAAAUACGGGGAGUCUUGCACCUGCAAGCUGGUUUCCUUCGCUCCCUGUUCUCUAGGGAAAGUGAUUGUUGUUUGGGGAAACGAGACCCAAUAUAGGGAAAUUGCGCGAAGGAUUCCUUGCGGAGUCAAUUCGUCAGCUCCUGGAGAGAGGUCAUGUGUGUGUGGACUUCGAAUCCUGUUCCUUGCCUCCUGAAUCUAGUUCCAAGCCUUGUCCUCGUCUCACGGAUUUACCACAGAUCUUGUUCCAUGCUUCAAGUUGCUUUGCCUUUAGCCACAGCUCCAGCCACGUUCCAAGUAACUUUCAGCCUUGUGUCAAGCUUCAUUGGAUUCAAGACUUUUGCUGUUUUCCCAACGCUUUGCUUGGCAAAGCGUGUGUUGCGGUUAUUGGAUUAUAAUCUUUGGACUCUAAUAUUUCAUAUUGGACAAUAAUCUGCUGGACUAUAUUUGGCCUCAUUUGAAAGGUCUGCUUCUGAACUUUAUUCUACACUUGUUUUUAUUGACUUUAUAUAUUCCUUUAAUAAAGAUAUUAGAUAGAAUCUGGCCUCAGUGUAUGGUUAUUGGUGCCCAGCAGCCUAGAUCCUGACACCUUGUAUCAUGCUUUUUUAUACAUAUAAUCAUGUUUUUUACAUAUGUAAUAUCACGUUCCUUUGACAUCUGUAAUUGCCUUAUAUCAUAUUUUAUAUUGUGUUUUAUAUAUGCAGUUACUUUACAUGUUUCUUUUAUGUAUGGAUGUAUAAUUUUUACAUGUUUAAUUAUAUUAUUUGCAACUAUAAUUGCCUAAUAUCAUGCUUCUUUUAUAUAUGCAAUGACAUCAUGUUUAUUUAACGUAUAUAAGUGCCUUAUAUCAUGUCCGGGUUAUCAUGUGUGUCUCCAGAGGGAUGCAGCCCUAUCCUUUGCAGGGAAAAUAUAGAAAUAUCUUCUAAAUGGCUACUGUCUAGAAUUUUGUUUUGUAAAGAAAGGAAAAGUUUAUAUGCUAUUGGAAAGAAAGAUACUAUUUUAUGUUUAAAUUUUGGAAAGGAAUAGAAUUGGUUAUUAUUACUGUGGUCUAACCUUCAAUUGUUUGCAAGUUGUUCUAAAGUUUGGAUCGUAGAGUUUAAUAAACAGAGUUUAUGGUUUUGGCAUCAAAACUGUUCAUGUUGUGCUUAAAUGGGAUUGAAUUUUCUUUAAUUUGUGGCCCAUAAUAGGCUGGUUAUAAGCCUGAUCUGGAAGGCAGCCAAGGCAAAGACCAUUGAGCUGCUGAACUUGCAGACUGAAAGGUCCCAGGUUCAAAUCCCGGGAGCAGAGUGAGCGCCCGCUGUUAGCUCCAGCUUCUGCCAACCUAGCAGCUUGAAAACAUGCCAAUGUGAGUAGAUGAAUAGGUACCGCUGUGGCGGGAAGGUAAUGGCACUCCAUGUAGUCAUGCCGACCACAUGACCUUGGAGGUGUCUAUGGACAACACUGGCUCUUGGGCUUAGAAAUGGAGGUGAGCACAACCCCCAGAGUCAGACAUGACUGAACUUAACGUCAAGGGAUACCUUUACACACACACACAUAUGCAGGGACUACACCAAUUUAACAAAGUUUCAGCCACAAAAACAAAGUUUCUAAAGUAGAGCAAUGACUUUCACAGUAAAGACAACCCAAUUUAACAGGAAAUAAGACUUUCAAACCAGGAACAGAUUUCUGCAAUUAUUAAAAAAUGGUUUAUUAUAAAAGCUAUGAAAAUUUGCCAAAAAUCAGAGGAUAAGGGAAACGUUCCACAUUUUGGUGAGCUAUCAGUGUUAAAUGUGUUCUACCACUGUACCAAGUUUGAAGAAGAUCACUCAAAAAAUGAGGGCGGGAGAGCCCCCUAAGUCCCCCCCCCUUCGGGCUGUUUUUGGGCCACCGCGCAUGCGCGU